GGAGGGGCUCGAGGUUGGCUCCUCCCCUCGCGCUUUUUAGCCCUUGACGUAUGAAGAGGACGGUAGCAACAGUUGCCUCGAGACCCCCGCUCGCCAUAGUGACUGUAGUCGUGGAGACAGUUACUUACCAACGGGAGCAACACUCAGCAACAGCAGCAGCAGCAGCAACUGGAGGAGAGAGAGAGGGAAAAGAACAGUAAAGCCAGGGCAGAUCUAAGCAAAAGUCUGAGGAGAAACCAUGCAGCGGUCAGAGGGCAGCUCAGAGUCGGCGUCCACUGUGGCGCUGCGGACGUCCACUUCAGCCCAGGCGCCGGUGGUUCAGCCCGUUCCCGCCUCGCAACAGCGUGUGUUAGUUCAGGCCACCGGCUCUUCCCAGAAGGGAGCUCAGGUGCAGCAGUUGCCAGUGCCUAGAGUGCAACAGGUCCCUCAGCAGGUUCAACAGGUUCAGCAUGUGUACCAGUCCCAGGUGCAGUACGUGGAGGGAGCAGAGGCCGUCUACCCCAAUGGCACAAUUCGUACUGCCUACUCAUACAACCCUGAGUCCCAGCUGUAUGGACAGGGCAGCGGAAGCAACUAUUUCGACUCUCAAGCGGGGGGAACUCAGGUUACCACUGUUGUCUCGUCUGCUGGUGGAGUGCCUGCCCACAGCAUGGUGGGAAUCGCCAUGGAUGUGGGCGGCAGUCAGAUCAUUUCCAGCGGCAGUGCCUACCUGAUUCACGGCGGGAUGGAGGGCGGCCGCCACCACACCUCUCACUCCUCACGCUCCUCAUCUGCAAUGGUACAGUGCACUGUGCUGAAAUCCCUCAAUACUGUUCCACUAGUGACCUGGGGGAGUUACUCAGUUACUUUGAGAUCAUAG